AUGUCGCUUUGCUCUUCAAUUAACGGCUUAGACCGAGAGAUCUUUUCAGGCGCGUCUUUUUCCGAGAAUUUCUACGGAAUGAAGCGAAUUUAUCUUGCAACGGGAAAAUCACCAAUUGACUUUAGGUCUCGUAUUCGCAAUCUAAUGUUACUAGUACUAUGGCCAUAUGUUCGAGAUAAAUUCGAUAAAUGGCACAUGGAAUGGACGGAUCGCCUGUGGUAUGCUCCAGCAAUGACGAGGGUAAAAAUUGGAUCAUCGAAUAAGGCUGGGAAAGAUUUUUCUGCGAGUUUGGCCGUGGCUGAAAAGGAUGCUGACACUAGCAACGACGAUUCUCCAUUUAGGGUGAGGACUAAGUAUAUAUCGAACCGAUCAGCAGUCCACUCUCCCUUCCUCCUGUUGGCCGGUGUUCGCCUUGAGAAGUUAACACAACAGGAUAUGGAUUUGUUUAAGAAGAUCCCAAUGCAUCUUCAGUCGUCAGGGGUCCUAAAUCGCGUGUGGCAAUACUUCCUGGCUCUUCCUGGAGUCUUCUCCCGAUUGUUCGGCUAUGGGCUGUUCUUUGUUCAGUUCAUUGAUUUCAUGUAUAAUACUGACUUUGGGUUACAAAUGAGAAAGAAACAUGCGUAUGGCCAAAUACCUCCAGCUCCACACAAGCUUCUAACGGAAUCCAGUGUCCAACUGCUUGAUACGAACAAAUGUCCCUUAUGCCUCAAUAGAAGAAAAAAUGACACAGCGUUAUCAGUGUCUGGAUAUGUGUUUUGCUUCACAUGCAUCGAUUCACAUGUCAAAAACUUCAGAAGGUUAGUUUCCGUUUUGUAA